AUGUCGUCGGAGCCGAAGUUUUAUCGUCUGGAUCUUGUGAACCUGGGAGAACUCUUUGAUCCAGAUGUGCCCUUCUCUGAGUGGUGCAAGAAAUGUCAGUCGGCCGGUGACGAUGGCUUUGGCACUAAUCGACUGCAAGACCUUGCACCAGAUUUGACGCCAUUGGAGCACACAGAGAGGAUUUGCGGAACGCUACUGUACAUUAACCUUAGUGGUGCUGGAAUUGUGUGGCUCAGUCUUGCCUUGAUUUGUUACUGUUGCGGGUGGUACCACCCAGCACGGUCCUUUGCGAUGUACACUCUGAUGCCCAUCGGCAUUUGGCUGGUGAUCUACAUCCUAUAUGACCGCUCGAAGGAUUCUCGUUACGGCAUCCAUCACAAGAAUCAGCACAAAUAUUUGCAUCUGAAAUAUGUCUGGCCUGUUGAGCUGCAUCCGUCGGCCAAAAGAGAAGGCCCUUUGAUUUUCUGCAUUGUUCCCCACGGGGUGAUACCAUUGGGCAUCGACUAUGCGAUGUUUGACAAGUUGGGAGCUGGUCGGUGCAACUGGGUAGCGGCGCCCGUCUUGUUCAAAUUACCAUUCUUCCGAAGCUAUUUGGAGCGAGUGGGUGCCAUGCCAGCCAAUGCGGCCAACAUCAGGGCUGCCUUGGCAAGGAACGAAAACGUGGCCAUUGUUUUAGACGGGGUCGCCGGCAUGUUCCAAGCAACUACAGAGCGUCAAGAAGUGGCCUAUCUUCUGAAGAGAAAAGGCAUUGUGAAGUUUGCUUUGGAGAGUGGGGCAUCGCUGGUGCCUGUUUACGGCUUCGGACAUUCUGAACUGUGGACCAAGCUCUUGGAUCCAUUUCGACUAUUUGAACGGAUAUCGACUUCUUUGGACAUUUCCCUCGUGCCUUUCUUUGGGCUUGGUGGUUGGCCUUUGGGCCCGACAAACCGGGUUCCACUGGCGAUGGUUUUCGGGCAGCCGCUAGAGUGCCCCCAAAAGCCGGUUCCAUCGCAGGGUGAGAUCGACUGCUACCACACCCACUUGUUGGAUAGUUUCAAGGAGACCUUUGACAAGCACAAAGCGGCGUAUGGCUGGUCACAGAAAACUCUGAUGAUCGUCUAG